GCCUGCCUCACUCCGACUUCGAGGCUGCGGCUGGUGCAGCGCGAGCGGCGCUCGGGUCUCGGCGCGGGCUCGCGUGCUUGCAGCCCUCCCCCCCCCCCUCCGCUCUCCCCCUCCCCCGCUGAGCUCGGGGCGACGCCCGCGUGGAUGGGAUGGAAGCGGGACCCUCGGGUGCAGCAACUGCUGCGGGCACUUAUCUGCCACCCCUGCAGCAGGUGUUCCAAGCUCCUCGCCGGCCCGGGAUAGGAACUGUCGGGAAGCCAAUCAAACUCUUGGCCAACUACUUUGAAGUGGACAUCCCCAAGAUCGAUGUCUAUCACUAUGAAGUGGACAUCAAGCCGGACAAGUGCCCGCGCAGGGUCAACAGGGAGGUUGUGGAAUACAUGGUACAACACUUCAAGCCUCAGAUCUUUGGUGAUCGGAAGCCAGUAUAUGAUGGGAAAAAGAACAUUUACACGGUUACUGCCCUGCCCAUUGGAAAUGAAAGGGUUGAUUUUGAGGUGACAAUUCCAGGAGAAGGCAAGGACAGAAUAUUCAAGGUUUCAAUCAAAUGGAUGGCCAUUGUUAGCUGGCGGAUGCUGCAUGAAGCCUUGGUGAGCGGACAGAUCCCUGUGCCUCUGGAGUCCGUCCAGGCCCUUGACGUAGCCAUGAGGCACCUUGCCUCCAUGAGGUAUACCCCAGUGGGUCGUUCUUUUUUCUCUCCCCCUGAAGGAUACUAUCACCCACUGGGAGGCGGAAGGGAAGUCUGGUUUGGAUUCCACCAGUCUGUCAGACCUGCCAUGUGGAAGAUGAUGCUGAACAUUGAUGUAUCUGCAACGGCAUUCUACAAGGCUCAGCCUGUAAUCGAGUUCAUGUGUGAGGUGCUGGAUAUCCGGAACAUCGAUGAGCAGCCAAAGCCCUUGACCGACUCCCAGAGAGUGCGCUUCACUAAGGAGAUCAAAGGUUUAAAAGUGGAGGUAACUCACUGUGGACAGAUGAAGAGGAAAUACCGAGUGUGUAAUGUUACUCGGCGGCCAGCUAGUCAUCAAACGUUCCCCCUGCAGUUGGAGAGUGGCCAGACUGUGGAGUGCACAGUAGCACAAUACUUCAAGCAGAAAUACAACCUGCAGCUCAAGUACCCCCACCUGCCGUGUCUUCAGGUUGGCCAGGAGCAGAAGCACACGUACUUACCUCUGGAGGUGUGUAACAUCGUGGCUGGCCAACGUUGCAUCAAGAAACUAACAGACAAUCAGACCUCUACCAUGAUAAAAGCAACUGCAAGGUCGGCCCCGGAUAGACAAGAGGAAAUCAGCCGGCUGAUGAAGAAUGCCAGUUAUAACCUGGACCCGUACAUACAGGAGUUUGGCAUAAAGGUGAAGGAUGACAUGACCGAAGUGACAGGGAGAGUCCUUCCAGCUCCCAUCUUACAGUAUGGAGGUCGGAACCGGGCUAUCGCCACACCUAACCAGGGUGUCUGGGAUAUGAGGGGGAAGCAGUUUUACAAUGGCAUUGAGAUCAAAGUCUGGGCCAUCGCCUGUUUUGCCCCUCAGAAACAGUGCAGGGAAGAAGUGCUGAAGAACUUUACAGACCAGCUGCGCAAGAUCUCCAAGGAUGCAGGGAUGCCAAUCCAGGGCCAGCCUUGCUUCUGCAAAUACGCGCAAGGUGCAGACAGUGUGGAGCCCAUGUUCCGGCACCUUAAGAACACAUAUUCUGGGCUUCAGCUCAUCAUAGUCAUCCUCCCAGGGAAGACACCAGUGUAUGCGGAGGUGAAGCGUGUGGGUGAUACACUCCUGGGAAUGGCUACGCAGUGCGUGCAGGUCAAGAACGUAGUGAAGACUUCGCCACAGACACUCUCCAACCUCUGCCUCAAGAUCAACGUCAAGCUUGGAGGAAUCAACAACAUCCUGGUGCCCCAUCAGCGCUCUGCCGUCUUUCAGCAGCCAGUUAUAUUCCUUGGAGCAGACGUAACCCAUCCACCAGCAGGAGAUGGGAAGAAGCCCUCCAUAACGGCUGUGGUGGGCAGCAUGGAUGCCCAUCCCAGCCGAUACUGUGCAACAGUGCGGGUGCAGCGACCCCGCCAGGAAAUCAUUGAGGACUUGUCAUACAUGGUGAGAGAGCUCCUCAUCCAGUUUUACAAAUCCACACGCUUCAAGCCCACCCGCAUCAUCUUCUAUCGCGAUGGAGUGCCAGAGGGACAGCUUCCACAGAUUCUUCAUUAUGAACUCCUCGCCAUCCGCGAUGCCUGCAUCAAACUGGAGAAGGAUUAUCAGCCGGGCAUCACUUACAUUGUCGUUCAGAAACGGCAUCACACUCGCCUCUUCUGUGCAGAUAAAAACGAGAGGAUUGGCAAAAGUGGGAACAUCCCAGCAGGAACAACAGUGGACACAAACAUCACUCAUCCCUUCGAGUUUGACUUCUAUCUUUGCAGUCACGCUGGCAUUCAGGGUACGAGCAGACCUUCCCAUUACUAUGUCCUUUGGGAUGACAACCGGUUUACAGCAGAUGAGCUUCAAAUCCUCACCUACCAGCUCUGCCACACUUAUGUCCGCUGCACCCGCUCUGUUUCCAUCCCAGCACCAGCAUAUUACGCCCGCUUGGUGGCAUUUCGGGCGCGAUACCACCUCGUAGACAAAGAGCAUGAUAGCGGAGAAGGCAGCCACAUAUCUGGCCAGAGCAACGGCCGAGACCCUCAGGCCCUUGCCAAGGCUGUGCAAGUUCACCAGGACACUUUACGUACCAUGUACUUUGCUUGAAAGCCUAACUUUUUUUACCUCACUCCAGAAAGCUUUCAGAUUUGUAGGAGCCAUACAAAAAUAUAAAAGGAAGCAUUGGGAGCACCUUGUGAGCAUCCAAUGAGAAAUCACUGCAGGGCGUGCAGUGGUGUUGGAGGCAAAAAGACCAGCAACCUCCGGGGCAAAUGCGGGAGAGCCACUUAAACCGGAUGGACACACCUUUGUAGUAUUACAAGAGACUUUGUUUUUCAGGCUUUCCAAUUACCUGACCAAACAAAAACAAAAAAGUAUUUGAUCCGAGGAAGGGAUCUUUCUUCCUGUCAGAAGAAAAGCAGGUUUUCUUUGCAGGGGGUUGGGGUGGGGGGAAAGCAAUAUUAGACUUUUGACUGUGAAAUAGCUGUUUUGGUCCUCCAAUGCCAAAUCAAACGCUGGUAAGGUUUUGUGUGUGUGCGUGUGCGUGUGUUGUUGUUUUGGGUGGGAGGGGAAGGGAUUUUUAGAGCCUUAAAACAGAUGACUAGAUUUAUAAAAACUAAUAUUUUAGGAUACCAAGAUGCUUUAAUUGGUUAAGAAGAAAAUCCAGUAGUUUAUAGAAGAGUUUUAACGCUUAGCUCUCCCUCUUGAAGUAAAGUUAAUUUUUUCCCUUUAUAUAUAAUUAACGUAAGGCACCCCCAGCACUUAACUACUGCUAAGCUGAAAAAGAAAAGGAAACUGUCUUCCGUCUGUUGACGUGGGUCAGCCGCUGCCCCGUUUUGAUGCAACGGUCACAUGCUUAACUGUGGGCCGAGUGCCUUACUGCUAUGCUGCAAAAAUGUUGACAUUUGGUCACCUUUCAAGGGAAAAAGUGAGAAUUAUACCCAACAAUACUCUUGUCUUAGUGGCGGUCCACAUUUCUAUCUUGAAGGUGUCCGGAGUUCUUGUUUUUAAAUAUUCACAAAGCUUGCAGUUCCAUAUUAGCUCACAACCUCACCAUGGGGUCAAAAUUCUGUGCACUUUUUAACAUUACACAAACAAAUUUAGAGAGCUGCUGAUAAAUCUAUUUUUCUUGUUGCCUGUUGCUAUGUGUUUUUUCUGGCAUAUUUCUUGGAUGGAUUUUCAUCUUUUAUUUAAAAAAACCUGCAUUUCUGACAAAUGGGAUGUGUGUAUGUGUGUGUGUGUGUGAGAGAGAGAGGGAGGAAAUACUUAUAUACCCCCACUGGCAUAAAUAGAAGCUCCGUUAUCAGUUGCUGACCUGAUUUUUUCUGUACCAAUGAAUUUUUUUAUCAUUGAGUAUUAUUUUUAUACAUUGUGGAGUCUGUUGCCAAAAUUCACUCAGAUCCAAUUCAUUUUUCUCAACGGUUGAGGACUUUGGAGCGUUCACACUGAGGAUGGAGUGGAUUUUCUGUUCCAUGAAUUGCACUGCAAACAAUCCAGAGUUCUUAAGAGGGCUCAGUCUUACUUUUCUGUCCUGAAAAAUCCUUGAGGGGCAUUUUUCACCUACCACCCUUUUUAGUAGAUCCAGCAUAUAAUCAUGAUAACUUCUGCUACUUUAGUUUUUGCUAUUUGGUUUUAUGUGGACCAGGGGGACUGGGAUUUCACUUCUGCCCUUGCAAUUGGAGAAAGAAACUCAUGGGCUCCUCUGAUGUCAGAACAUCAACAUGCACUUUUGUCUCAGUGGUUCUUGAUUUGUGUCCAGCAAGAAAAUCUCUUCUCCCCACAGUGUUGCAGCUACCAAGUAUCCUGCAAAUGCAAGGUAGAAGGUUAUGCUAGGUGAUACAUAAUGGGUAGGUAGUUGCCAUUUGCAUUAAAAAUGGGCAUGGCCAUACCCGGGUAGUUAAGAGGGCUUGUAUAUGACUGUCCUUUUGGAAUUGUUAUUCCCCCCCCUCCCUGAGCCUGCCAAAGUGAGCCUUUGAGAAAACAAACAAUUAAAUUAAAUUUGGUGCCAUUCUCCUGUAAGCACAUCCCCUUGAAGUGCAUGCUUUGCAGCUCAUGGGAACAACACUGACCAGUGCUGCAAUGGCGACAUUGAUUCAGAUCUCCCAUUCUUUUUUCUCUUCCUCCUUGCCUUCCUACUCUGUACCGUGUGCCCCUUUGGAACAGAAUGUUAAACUCCCCAAAAUGCUAUGCAAACAAAACUGGGCAUCUGGCCAAGGCCACUCAGAAAGGAGCUCUGAGUUGGGCAUUAUCGUUCACACUCUAGUCAGGAUCCAAAGAACUUUUUUAGAUGUGUGAACCCAGUGGGAUUUCUGGCUUUGAUGGUCAGAUUUCCAUGUUGCAAACUCCUCUCCAGUUUUUUUUUUUUUUUUUACAAUGGUUAAUUUGUGCAGCAUUGGAGAGAGUGGAGUGAGUUGUUUUUGGGGUUUUUUUUAAGCACAAGACCAACACCCUGCUGGGGACACCAAAUUAUUUGUGUGGUUCUUUGGAUUUAAUUUAAUUUUUUUUGUUUCACUUGGCUGCUUCGUAUCCCAAACGACUAGGAUUUAUUUUGCAUUUGGCACAAGUGUAGCGGCAGCCAACAUGUCAGAAUGAAAAAGUCAACAUUCUGUGACAAGGUUCCAAAAGAAAUUGAAGUAACGUUUUCAUUUCCUUGGCAUCUCUUCUUGGACUUGUCUCCCUAUCUACUGGGACUGGGAUUCUCAGUGUAGUCGCCAGUGUUGCAACUGAAAUUCUCUGCUGUUGUAUUGGGGCAGAUGAAAAAAGGGUAUUAAUUUAAACAUUUCAUCUGAGUUUCUGAAGCAUUUUCAACAAAAAUGACUAGUGCAUUGCAGAAUGGAAAAAGAAAAAAGUGACAAGAAGCUUGUGGCUUUGUAAAAAUUGCUUUGAAAGAAAGAAAGCAAAAAUCACACAUCCUCCAGGACUUGAGAAUGAUCAUCAAUGGACUUUCCCCAGAUUUUUGCACUCCAGUGUUAAGUAGCUGCUUUGAAUGGGAGGGGUGUUGGCAUGAAGCAAACUGCUGGGGGGAAUAGAACUGGCAAAACACUUUCCGCCCAUAAUCCUGCCUCUUUUCUCUCCUUCCGCUCCUCACCUGGUGCAUGCGGAGUUUUUCACUAAGUGCCGUAAAUGAUGUCAUUGCUGCACCCUCUAUGAAACAAAGUUUCUGGGCUUGGCGUUUUAUGUCUCUCCCCCCCCCCCCCUCUUCUUAGAUGUUAACAAUUAAGUGGUUAGCGCUACCUGCAUGUUCUGUAUAAUGGAAGCUCUCUUGUUUUGUUCCUGCUUACCUUUGACAAACUAUGUUCUGUCUUCUUAAAAAGCUGGAGAAAGCACAGAGUGUAGGAUUUCCCCCCCCCCUUCUUUUUGCAACUGAUAGUUCACUUCAGGGUGUUGCCAGGCUACAUAUGUAAUCUUGAGAUCCUCUGGGAUCCCAUUUGGAGCGUUUUUCACCUUGCACCUUAGACUGUAACUUGUUGCUGUGCCUCUGUUCCUUUUGUGGCUGGAAAAGUUACGAAGUCCCACAUUUCAGGGGAUGGGUAGCAUCAUUAUGUAAAUUGCUGUUGGCUUGCUUUUAAAAAAGGGUGUUUUUUUUUUAACCUGCACUGCUGCUAGUUUCAGGUAAUGCUUCUGUUCAGACAAAUAAGAGUGGGUGAUGGAAGACUUGCGAAGGGAUGAAACAUGUUCCUCGGAAGCACUGGAGGAACAGCACAAAUACUAGGCCAAGAUCUACCAAAUGGCACAGGCUUGUACAAGGGAUUUGCACCUGCUCAUUGAAGUGUGGGUUUUGUACAGCAGGGUUCCUGAUGCCUUGUCACAUACUUUUUGAAACUCCCCUCACUUUCAAAAGCUGUUUAUCAUGCAAGCAUGGAGGCUAUUUUCCCAAGGAAAAAUCAAUCAUGAAGCUCGCUUGGGCAUACGGCUCUCAGUUUUGGAUCCUCCUGAUCCUUAAUGUCUAAGGACAUACCAGAAUGUUACUGAUACGAUGCAGAACAGCAGCAAAAGUGGUUACCUUUUUCAUUUGGUAAAUGCAAGGUUUUUGAGUUAUGCGGGUAGAACAGAACUAGUAUUAGGCUAUACAGAGCACAAACUGGGGACACAUGCAUAUACUCAUAUUUAUGUGUGUUUUUUACAUAUAUUCACAUGGAACCAGCUUAUUUAAAUUUUGAGAUACUGCUCUCCUCUGCCUUUUGAAGAGUUCUGUAUAGCUCUAAAACUUGCAGAACUUCCUUUGCAACUAAAGUAAAAAGUCACCAUGCCUGUUCUGUAUCUUACCCUUUUGGGACCAACAAAGCAACUACUGUCCAUGCCAAGCUGAUGUUCUUGGAAAGCCUAAAAACUUAAAACCAUGCAUGGUUUUAAACAAAUCUUUGUCUUUCUCUGAUUUAAAACUUCAAAAGCAUUUUGCCAGUACGGUGCAAACGUGUCGAUUCUGUCUGGGGAGAAACAGGAGCAACACAAAACAGCAAUAAAAGUGAAAUCUGUAUCUCACGUGUGCACGUAACUUUGCACUUCAAAAUAAUUGUGAAAGUUUUAAACUAAUGGGAACUCUGGUUUGUGUUCAAAACUGUUUUUUUUUAAGCUGUUACAAGGAAGGGUUGAACUGUAAAUAGAGAAUGUUCACAGGGCACUCGAUCGGAUGGGGUUUUGUCUUGUUGGGUUUUUUUUUAAUUUUGAAUCUGAACGUUGUAUGGUCCAUUUAUUAAACUGAUUUGAACAA